UUCCGUCGAUAUCAACAACAACGAAGUUAGCGAAAUACUUUGCAUCAUUUGUAAAAUAUAUCAAUAUGUGAAUGACAAUUUUUUCAUUAACGAAGUGAUAAUUUUGGAGUACAUGGAUAAUUAUUUUAGUCUCUUCGAUUUUAUACUCAAAAAUGAAAUUGUCGUCUCCAACUACAUGGAGGAUGAGAGUUAUUUGAAAGCCUUGCCACAGUACAAGUGCAAGAGAAUCGUUUUAGACAUUGUCACUCGUCUCUUCUCUCGAUAUGUAAAUACAAAUUACAACAAAUGCAAUAACGAAAUUACGGAGAAGUUUUGUCAGGCAUUUCUCAACAAAUGGCUAUGUCCCUUCUUCGAAGAUCUUAUCAUCAUCCUACAGAGUUAUCACAAAAAUAAGAAGACGCUAACUGAUGAAUGUUUGGUUUACAUUCUACAGGGAUUAUCUUACGGAGUUGAAAAUGCCCUUAUCUACAAAAACUACAUAAAAAAUAACUUUGAAUUUUUGGUAAGGGAUGUUAUAUUCCCUCUCCUUUGCUACAACGAUGAUGAUGUAGAAAAAUUCCUUUGUGAUCAGUACGAUUUUACUAUGAACAUUUUUAACACCUACAUUGUGGAGGAUAAAAAAGUCAGCGCUACGUCUUUUAUUAAAGAUUUGACUCGCUACCGUGGAUCGAAACACAUCUCGGAGUUAUUUCACCUCUGCGAGAAUGUCAUCAGUACGUACAAUCAAAAUUACCAUAUGGUGUAUAGCAAAUUUGCAACACAGGGGAAUCAGGACGAAGCUAUGGUGGAAGAAUUACUUAGAAACGAGUUCUGCAAAUAUAAGUAUGGCGCCUUGAAAAUUUUGGAGUGCCUCUACAGUCGACUGUGCGAUAAAAAGAGAAACAUGAAUAUAGAGCAGUUUCUAAAAACGUAUGUAGAAAACGAUUUGAACAACCCGAACCAUUUAGUUUGCUACCAGUCUAUCGUCACUUACUGUUGCUUUAUUAAGAAGGUGCAACACUUUAGCGAUGUUAAUGGCCUCGUGGGCAAUUACGAGGUUAUUCUAAAUCAUAUAGGUAGCACCAGCCUACUUAUCAGGGUAGCCAGUGCGUCCUACAUAAAAAAAUUCUUUAAGAUAAAAAAUGACUACCUCAAAAGUGUGAUUAUUAAGUCUAUUCCUAUUCUCAUUGAGCGUCUACUCAACGUGAUUAAAGAGGUCAAAUGUGAGUACAUCGUCAUGACUUUGGACAAUUUGGCGUAUACAUACAAAGAUUACAUAACGCCCUACGUUAACGAUGUGGUUAUUACCCUUUGCACGAGUUUUGUUUUUCUUAUUAACAAGAAGGAUGAGGAGGAGAGUGCGCACAACUCGCUGGAGAAUAGCCUAAGGCAUAACAACCCAGAGUUGACCAGCCACACACAAGAGA